AUGUCGCUAGCAGAAGCGCUCCUCUCGAGGGCGCAAGCCAACACCUCAGCUCUCGCUGAUCGAGGGUCCGCCAGCUCGGCUGGCGCCUCCACGGGCGGACUUGCUGCUUUCCUGGCCAGAGCGGGGAGCUCGCACACCAACGCAGCAACCGUCACCUUGGCAGACAAAGGCGUCCGCACUCGACCUCCAGUACAGAUCGCCUCGUUCCAUCCAGAAAGGACGCUACCGCCGGCCAACUACGCUUCCCAAGCUACCACGCAGCUGGUUCGAUCCGUGCGCAUGCUGCUGUCGUUGUCCAGCCAGGCGGGUCCCAAUGCUGGCGCUGUUCGACCACCCCUUCAACAGCUUUACAGCACCACACACACCUUGGUCACCCACUCGUCUGCCGAAGCGUUGGCCGAUCUGUACGACACGGUCAAGAUCGAAAUCGAACGCGCCGCUGGUAGCUUUGCUGCUGCCUUGCAUAGUUCCGGCUCUACCAAUGAGACGCUGGCAAGCAGCAUCACUUGGCUCAACCAGCUCAGUUCGGUCUGGUCCGACUGGUGCGAGAGCUUGGCCCUGGUUCGAGACGUACUCUUGCCCUUGGAUCGCUCCUUCUUCAGCACCGGUGCUGCAGCCGCCUCCGUUAGACCCGAAAGCGAUGGCUCGGAACAGCGCCGACUGCCGAUCUGGGACUUGGGACUCGAUAUCUUUGCUCACCGUUUCUUGAAGGACGCUACGCUGUCGGGCAUGAUCCUCAGCCGCAUCGCCGCUGCCGUCGAUGGCGAACGCGGCCAGACCAUUCCUUACAGGGAUUUGCACACCUCUCUUGCAGACAUGUUCCGUCAGCUAAAGGCGGAAGAGAUGCUCGACCAAGCGAUUGUCAGUGCCGCCAACGUCUUCUACCAAGCAGAGUCCACAGCCUCCAUGGCUGAUCUAUCUCCGACGCAGUACGUCGACUAUGCCGAUCGUCGCAUCAACGAAGAGCAACACCGCAGCCAGUGGGUCCUUCUCACCGACGGCGGCCGUGCCGAAAACGUGGCUGCUGCACGCAAGCAGCUCGUGGCGCAGCAUGCCGACAAGAUCCUCGCCGGGCUUCCCGAUCUCGUCUCAUGCAAGCAGCUUGACGGCCUCGCCAAGAUCUACCAACUGGUUCAUAGCAUCAGCCGCCUCUCCGAUCUGCGCAAAGCUUUUGCCGAAUACAUCAAGAUCCAUGGUGCUGCCAUCGUCAACGAUCGUGAGAGAGACGACGACAUGAUCGAGAGGCUUCUCGAGUUCAAGUCGUCCAUAGACACUAUUGUCAGCUCUGGCUUCAAGCGUGACGGCGAGUUCGUCAAUGCCCAAAAGGACAGCUUCGAGGUCUUUGUCAACAAGCGCGAGAACAAACCCGCCGAGCUCGUCGCCAAAUUCCUGGAUGCCAAGCUGCGCAGCGGAAACAAGACCAUGACGGACCAGGAGCUGGAACACAACCUCGACGAAGCGCUCAUUCUCUUCCGAUACACUCAUGCCAAGGACAUGUUUGAAGAGUUUUACAAGCGUCAUUUUGCCAAGCGCCUGCUGCUCAAUCGCUCCGCUUCCUCCGACGCCGAGCGAAGCAUGCUGCUCAAGCUCAAGGCGGAGUGCGGCCCCGAGUUCACGGCCAAGCUCGAGACUAUGAUCAAGGACGUCGAUGUAUCCAAGGAUCUCAUGGACGAAUACGAGCGCUUUGCAGUCAAGCAACGCAAAGACGAGGAUUCGCCUAUGGACGACUUUGAUCUCAGCGUCAGCGUGCUCACUCAGGCGCACUGGCCUACGUAUCCCAAUAUUGAGGUCAGCCUGCCUGCCGAGCUCGCUGCCGCGGCCGAACGGUUCGAAGCAUUCUACCAGAAACGCAACAGCGGUCGUCGGUUGCACUGGCAGCACUCGCUCGGCACGCUCUCGAUCACGACGCAGUUUGGCAAAGCGGGCGUCAAGGAGCUCCACGUCAGCACGUUCCAAGCCAUCGUGCUGAUGCUCUUCAACAAGCUCGAGUCGGGACAGAAACUGAGCUACAACGACAUCCGCACGCAGACCGGUCUCAAGGAUGAAGAGCUCAAGCGAACCUUGCAGAGUCUCGCCUGCGGUCAGAUCCCCACGCGCGUGCUUCGCAAGCUUCCGCAGGGCAAAGACGUCAACGACGACGAUGAGUUUACGUUCAACGACAAUUUCAAGAACGAACGUCAUCGGAUCCGCAUCAACCAGAUCCAGAUGAAGGAGACGGCCGAAGAGCAGAAAUCCACCGAGCAGCGCGUGUUCCUCGAUCGAGAGCUCAUCUUGCAAGCAGCGGCGGUGCGUGUGCUCAAGGCCAAGAAGACCAUCAAGCAUUCGGAGCUCAUCACCGAGGUCGUCGACCAGAUCAAGAGUCGCUUCACCGUGGAUGUCGCCGAGAUCAAGAAGGUGUUUGAGAUCUUGAUCGAGAAGGAGUACAUGGAACGUGUCGAAGGACAGAGAGGCAUGUACCGAUACUUGGCUUGA